UCACAGUCGAGAACCCGGACAAAACGAAACAGAGGAAAAAAAAAAAAACAGAAAAAAAAAAAAAAUCAUUAUUGUUCUUCGACGCUGCAGAGUCAUGUACGGUUUCUAAUUUUUUAUUUUUAUUUUUUUCGUUGCCAUCAAUUAUCGUAGUUUUUCAGUUUAAUUUUCCAUUGAUGAAACUAAAAACGAUUGAUGGGUAUUCCUCCAUAAACGUUGUUCGUUUCCCAUCACAAUUUGUUUGAGAUAUUUUUAAUUUUUUUGGCUAUUCCCAUUCACUCUAGCUCUUUCUCUCUCUUGCUAAAAACCCUUUUGGUUUUAUUUCAAUUUACUUUAAUGGGUACUGUUUUUAUACCACUAAACAGAAUCUGCGACAAUCUAUGGGCUCGUAAAUGAUAAUCACCUGAAAAUCUCUGGGUUUGCUCUGUUUUUGCGGUUCGCUUUUAUAUCUUUUUUUAGGUUUCUUAUAGAAAUUUUUUCUAGCUACAGAGUAAUCCAGAAAAAAAAAAAAAAGCGGCAAACCUUGCUAUAUACCGUGACACAUGGGAUUGAGACUGUUUAGCAAAGCGAGCAGAGACAGAGAUAACAUUGAAGGAAUAAGAAGAUGGAAUCGCAAGUGGGUUUGAUUGAACAGUCAUUUCAUAGCUCCUACUCGUUCUGCGUUCGGGAAGCUCUGGUCGAAUUGCCUGACAAUUUCACAAUCACCGACCCUUGUAUGUCUGGCCACCCAAUCGUUUUUGCGAGCCAUGGGUUCUUGAAAAUGACUGGUUAUACGGAAACCGAGGUUAUUGGCCAGAAUGGUAGGAUUUUUCAGGGUCCAGGGACUAGUAGAAGAUCAGUCAUGGAAAUUCGGGAGGCUAUUCGGGAAGAGAGAGCUAUUCAAAUCCACUUGUUGAAUUAUCGGAAAGAUGGGACACCCUUUUGGAUGUUGUUUCAUAUGUGUCCUGUUUUCAACAAGGAAGAUGGGAGGGUCAUUCAUUUUGUUGGAGUUCAGGUCCCGAUUUUGAGGAAACCGAGGAGGUUGGGAAGUGGGUCUGGAAGAAAUGGGGUUGAUUUGUGUGAGGAAGGUUCUACUGGGAUGCAUGAUGUUGUAUAUGGUUCUUGUAGAAGAGAAGUGUGCUCGGAUUCUUUGUUGGAAUUGGAUCAUGUUUUGGCUCGAGAGUCUCCUGUAGAUACAACUAAUAGAGGAUGUGCUUAUGCAGGAUUUGAAAUUGAGGAGCCAUGUGAGGCAAGUGAUAUGGAGAAGAGAAGAGCUGUGACAGCCAUUAAUAACAUCUUGUCUGUGCUAACCCACUACAGCGAGUUAACCGGCAAACUGGUAUGUGGGAAGAGAUGCAGCUUAUCUGGGGUGGGCCUUCCAAGUUCAUCCUUAAAUAUUUCUCUUGGUAGAAUCAAACAAAGCUUUGUAUUGAUUGAUCCGUAUUUACCGGACAUGCCUGUAGUAUACGCAAGUGAUGCCUUCUUAAAGUUGACAGGUUAUGCCAGACAUGAAGUCUUGGGUCACAACUAUAGAUUUUUAAGUGGGUUGGAUACAGAUUCAUUGACUUUAUGUCAGAUAAAGGAAAGUAUUAAAAUGGAACGAGCAUGCACAGUACGCAUCUUGAAUUACAGGAAGGACAGGAGUUCAUUUUGGAAUAUCCUUCACAUGUCACCUGUUCGUAAUGCCUCUGGCAAGAUUGCAUACUUUGUGGGCGUUCAGACAGAAGAAGCCUGCAAGAAGCAGGAAGAACAUGAGAUGAGCCCUGAGAUGAGACAGCUUAGUGCUGUUGGUGCAGUCAAGGUUGCAGUUAGAAGUUCAUCAAUGGCUGCUGGUUCUUCCAGGUCUUAGGCAUUUCUUUUAUGCAGGCUGGUGUUUCGGUUAAUAUUUUCAAUCUUAUAAAUUGUAAUUCAUUGCCGACUUUAUAAAUAAUCUCAUCCAGUGGUGAUCAAGAAGGCAGAAUGGCUGAUAAAUUUGGUCUGCAAAAAAAGCAGAUCCUUGUAAAAUAUACUUUGUUUAUAUAUAUAUAUAUAUAUAUUAUAUGAGAAAGCUAAAAGCAAUUUGGCGUUGCA